AUGAUUUACAAAUUCCGUGACGAAUAUUUUUUCUUGUCAAAUUUUUAUCCUGUGAAGAUUGAAUAUGGUGGUGAUGUUUAUCCAACAGCCGAGCAUGCAUUCCAAGCAGCUAAAUGUGAGAAUGUUAAGGAUAGACAAAAAUUACGUAAAGCAAAAACACCAGUGGAAGCAAAGUCAAUCGGAAGACGUGUUCGAAUGAAAGCAAACUGGGAUUCAGAACGUGUAUUGGUUAUGGAAAAAUUACUUCGUAUUAAAUUUGAAAAUCCAAAAAUGAAAUUUUUAUUGAAAAAGACACACGAACAAGAUUUGGUUGAAAACAAUACAUUCCAUGAUAGAUUUUGGGGUGUUUGUUCCUGUUCACGACAUAAAAAUUCUGGUGUAAAUAUGUUAGGUAAAAUUUUAAUGAAAAUUCGAGAAGACAUUAAAUUGUAA